AUGGCGUUGUCUGUAUCAUCUGCCUACCUGACCCACCAACAGAAGGUGCUACGGCUUUACAAGCGGGCGCUGCGUCACCUCGAGUCCUGGGUCAUCCACAGGGAUAAAUACCGCUACUUUGCUUGUUUGAUGCGAGCCCGGUUUGACGAACACAAGAAUGAGAAGGACAUGGUGAAGGCCACGCAGCUGCUGCGGGAGGCAGAGGAGGAAUUCUGGCAGUGCCAGCACCCACAGCCGUACAUCUUCCCCGACUCUCCCGGGGGCACCUCCUAUGAGCGCUAUGAGUGCUACAAGGUCCCCGAGUGGUGCUUAGAUGACUGGCAUCCGUCUGAGAAGGCAAUGUACCCAGAUUACUUUGCCAAGAGAGAGCAGUGGAAGAAACUGCGUGUGGAGAGCUGGGAGCGAGAGGUUAAGCAGUUGCAGGAGGAAACUCCACCAGGUGGUCCUAAGACUGAAGCUUUUCCCCCUGCUCGAAAGGCAGGUGAUUUGCCCCCACUAUGGUGGCAUAUUGUGACCAGGCCCCGGGAGCGGCCCAUGUAG